CUCGGCGUCGUUCAGUCAGCCACGACUAGCGCGGGCGGUAGGCACAUUUCACGGUAUCCUUCGGUGAUCGCGUUCAGGUGUCAAGGACGUUCACGGUGUUCGAGAUAUUUUUGGGGCGUGCUGCUUGAAGAGGAGGUUUUUGGUUUACUCUGGUGUCCUUUCUUUACGAUGUUCCGACGUUCCUAGACUGGAUACAGGCACGCAAAAUGGCGCUCACAGCUUCUUUAACGGCCCUCCUCGCCUUGCUAAUGGUGCCUGACGGAGCGGUUUCGGCAGAAGACUGCACAACUGGUUUUUCGGUGGUGGCUCCGGAACUAGCAGCCCCAGGCAAGACCACCGCCGUUUUGGUGACCUUGCACGGUCCAGCCAGUCUCCAGCCACUCAACGUUACCCUGAGACUCAUCCCUGAUUCUGCAGAGAACAAGGAGAGGAAAAUCGUGGAAACCACUACUGAGAUAAGAGGACAUGGAAUUCUUCCUUUAGAAGUACCCUCAGACUCUACAGGAAGUUACAUUCUGAAAACCUUGGUGAACUGCACAUCUCAAUCUGACGAAGAUUGUUCCCUACAGAGUUCUUCACAGAUGCGACUGGUUGGUCCUGUGAGAGAUGUGAUCGUCAAGCCAGCCAAACACGCAUACAAACCUGGAGAGACCGUUUCUUUCUGGGUUCUUGCAUUGGACCAUGACCUUCAACUAGCUUCUGGAGUAAUCGGCACUGUCAGCAUUAAGGAUCCUGUGGGAACAAAGGUUGCAGUUUGGGACCAAGUGUCUCUUGAUGAAGGUGUGAAGUCAUUCUCUAUGCCACUCUCAGAGUACAUCCGAUCGGGCAGAUGGCUUCUGCACGUGGAGGUCGAAUCUACUGAAUUCUCUACACCCAUUGAGGUUGCUCAGACUGCGGGAAACGGGCUGCCGGAUAUAUCUGCAGCUGAAGAACACUAUGUGGAGCUGAGGUUUGGCAGGGAGAUGAGGAGGAGGUACAAGCCGGGUCUGCCGUUCACUGGAAAGGUGGAAGCGAUGAGCACCGAGAAGUCCGUCAGGGUUCGCGUCAAGGUCUACGACAAUACCACCUCGAUCUACAGCCAGGACAUCGAGAUCACCAACGGCGAGGGCAGGUUCGUCGUACCUGCGAUCCUCGCCGACAGCGACGUCAUAACUCUGCAGGCAGAGUUGGUGUCUGUGGAGAGCAAGGAGAUCGAGAGCCACUACGUGCUGGCCAAAGAGCCCAUCCGCAAGUGGAACUCCUCCUCGGACUGUUAUCUGCUCAUAGAAGGAGUUGAGAAUACUUUACUGCCCGAGGAAGAGGCACACGUUGCUAUUCUCUCAACCUGUCCUUGUGAACGUGAUCUUCACUAUGUGAUAACAACAGAUGGACAAGUUACAGACUGGGCCCAAAGGAGAUACGAAGAUCCUGUCCCUCCUUCAGCUUCUCCUCCCUCAGGAGCAGUUUGCAAGCUGAAUUUCAGUUUCAACGUUCGAUCAGUAAUGGCUCCAGUCAGUCAACUGCUCGUCUAUUACGUAACACCUCAAGGAGAGCCUGUCAGCGAUGUAAUCAGCUUCGACGUGAAACUACUCCACAAGCAGGUAUAUGUCAACAUGGAAGAGCGAGAAUGGUGGCUACCCAAUCAGCCUGUAGAUCUAGAGGUUGUUGCAGAACCUUCGUCUUUGGUUUGUCUGCUUGGAGGAAGGUCGGAAAUGAGCGGGGAUAUAAGAUUCGACCCCAGGAUAAGUGAGGACCAUGAAGAGGACGCUGAGUCUGGAGAGAUGGACUUCUUGGAAGCCGGGGUGUCCUUCUUCCAGAGACAGUGCAUCAAGAGAGGCGAUUCCGGUUUGUCUGCAGUUUCUUACAGGCAAAGGGGCUCUGGUGCUGGGCCUUCGAACCGUCGAAGACCUCCAGAAAGUCUAGUUGGAGGAACUGCUUACGAUCAGCUCUGGCUAUGGAAAUGUUUCAAUUAUUCAUCCGAAAUAGCCUCAACAGGACUCACAAUCUCAGCACCUCAAGAAGCCGGCAAAUGGUCUUUGUGGGCUCUAUCAGUUUCCAGCGGUGGUGGUCUCAGGUUCUCUGCACCAGUACAACUGCAGGUUUAUCGACCUCUGCAGGCUGAAUUCACUUUACCUCCCAGCUUGAGAGUGAGGGAAACCUUGGAGGUGGACAUCAAGAUCGGAAACAACAUCAAUUCGUGCAUGGAUGUUACAGCAUUGUUGGCUCUAAGUGAAGGAGCUCAAUUUCUCAGCAACGGAUUGCUCUAUGUGACCGAAAGAUUGAGGUUGGGACCCAGAGGUGCUACUUCUCUAGUGGUUCGACUUCUUGUAACGACACCAGGUCUCAAAAAUAUGACGGUCGAGGUGAAUGGCUACACCAGCUCUUCAUGUGAAGGUUCUGAAAGAGCAGUGAAUACGACUAUAACUGGCGCUGUCAUAAGAUCAGCUACUGUCAAAGUGCAUCCCGAAGGGAUAGUUCAAACAGAUACAGAAAGCGCCUACUUCUGUGCAAAUGAAAACCUCUUAAUUUCAACAACCGACAACUACAGGUACGAAUGGAUGGCAGCACCGAGGAAUAGGCAGGGUGUUGUGCUGGAACUGAGGGUUGGUAAUUCGCCCUCCAGAAGGGUUGGACCUGUACAGAUCGCGCUGAGCGAUGCUCAAGAGACUUCUGACAGGACCUAUAGGAUAGCUAUCGGCGAUUCUGACAACACUGUGACUUGGAUUGGACGCGGUAAACAUGGUUAUGCUGUACAACUAAACAGCACCGAAACUCCUGGCAUUCUAUCAGAAGACGAAUGGAGGACUUUCUGGGUGAUGUGGGAGAAUGACGUCAUAGUCUUUGGAAAGGGUUCUAUACCGAAGAACAACACACUGCUCACGUGGAAGAUGGACAAGAAGGUCAAGAUACAACAGCUCGGUUUCUCGUCGUCUUGGCUCAAUUUAGCAGAGUUUCGAGUAUGGAACUUUAACGAAGAGGCAGGUUUCUCCCAAGUACUACAUCUAGACACCCCAAAAUUCGUGGUACCUGGAACAGAGUGGGGGCAAUUAACAGUUACAGGUGGCUUAGCACUUCCCACCCCAGCCCAAAAACCAGAUGGAAGCAGCUUAACAUCAGCCUUAGCUUGUCUAUCUUCCCUGAUGUCUCUGCAACACCUUGGCAGCAAAGCCAAUGAAACAGCCAAGCAAGAAGCCUUCGAUAGCUUGCCAAAGAAUAUCCAAACCAUCCUCUCCUACAAGAAGCAGGACAAUUCCUUCAGCGAACACCAGAUGCUAGGGAGCCACAAGGUCACCCUCUCCAUUUUGGAGGCUAUAACUAAGCUCCAGGGUCACUUCGGCGUAGAUCCUGAUCUUAUCCAGGCAGUCAAGAGGUGGGUCCAGCUGAGACAAGAAGACGACGGGCGAUUUUCACCAUUGCCAGCUGAUGUGAAGCUGGGUGCAGGACAGGGGAGGUUAGACUCAAAGGACCAGAGGAACUUGACGAAAGAUGCAGCUCUUUUCGAGCAUGUAACUGAGAUGACAGCUGAAACUGUCAUAGUGUUGUAUGAUAUAGGCAUAGAAUCGGACGCAGACUCCGAGACUAUCCAGAAAGCCAAGAUCUUCCUGGAGAACAGCUUGCCCAACAUCGAGACACCAGAGGCUAUUGCUGCCGUUGCCUUGGCGCUGAUCCUGGUCAAGAGCGCCACUUCGGCUUGGGCGAUGGAGAAGCUGAGGAACACUUCUACCACUGAAGACGGAGAGUUCGGCUGGCCGCAUUCGAUAGCCAGAAGGGAUGCUGCAGAUUGGCUGUAUGAGAGUGAGACGGAUAAGACGAUCAAGGAGCCUCUUUUAACAACAGUGGGAGAAUAUAAAGCCUCCAUACACGCUUUGAUCGCUUUCGCCACUGUGGGAGACCUGAAAUUCGCAGAAAGCGUCGCCAGGUAUCUCUUCUAUCGUUCCCACAUGCUGGACAGACACCCGGAGCUCGUCUACUCGGCCGUUAAGGCGUUCACCCUGUAUGAUUCUCUCGCUAAAGACAGGCACAGAUCUCUCACCAUCUCCUUGGCAACGUCCGGCAUGGAACUCACUGAUACCCUGGAUCUGAGCAACGAGAAGGCGGCUCAAGUUCUCCACCUACCCAGUUUACCCACCAAAGUGUUCGUGUACGCCACUGGAGCCGGAUGCGCCACUGUACAGGGAAGAGUGACGUAUUCUACCUAUUCGACGAAAAGUGAUACGCCACUAUUGGCCAUAUCGUCCACAAUCGCUCAAGAAGUGCUUCCGGACAAGAGUUCUGUGGAGGAAAUUGAAGGAAAAUCGCCAGUGUUGAAGAUAGAAACUUGUUUCAGAUGGAAAUGUCCAAAACCCUCCGGUGUCCUCCGAAUGGAGAUAACUCUCUUCUCCGGCUUCGAACUGGUACCAGCCUCUCCCCAACUGAUCUCAUCGCCAGAACUGAUGGCCGAAAUGCAACACGGAUCUCACGCCAACAGCAUCUGGUUCAUCUUCGCCAACGUCACCACCUCUUGUCCAAUCUGCGUACGCUACAACGCGCACAGCCCUUUCAUCAUCUCUUCCUUGAGACCAUCGUACGCUCGGAUCUACCCAUCGGGAAGAGAAGACCUGGCUGCAGACACCUUCUUCCUCACCCAAGCUGGCAGCAGCCUUCUCAAAAGCAUAACGGACGACGAUCUGAUCACGUGGUUCGGCAAGAACGGAACUGAUGGCCAACAGUUGAGGAGCAAUCUACCUGAUGAAUGUGUGUAUGUGACCACUACGAAGAGUUUCGAGGAAACGACCACCACCAGGCUUGUGGAGACUACCGAGAUGAACGACUUGACGGGUAACGAAGUUGACAGUAAUGAUAUACCGUAUCAGCCUCAGAAGAUUGAGGUGUUGAGCAUCGCUACUUACACUAUCAACGUGGAUAAUGAGACUGUGGCUGAUGCGGUUAAUGCAACAAGGCCUGAAGAGAAGGAAGAGGAGAAAAGUACUUCAACAACAGUGUCGACAACGUCUACCACAAAUCCUCCAAAGGUACUUACUGCAAAGGAAGAAAAGAACAUAAUGCUACAAUCCAACGUCAUACCCAACGUGGCCGUCGUCAAUAAAACGAAACUCCAAAACGAAUCCAAGGAGAAGAACAAAACCAUCACCAACUCCAAGAAGGCAGCAGACAAAGACAAGACCUACAUGACCACAGCCAUCGACACCACCCAAGAAACAACCACCAGAGCAUCGGAAGAAAGCGGUACCAAACCCAAACACGUCAAUACUGACGUUCGAGACAGUCCGAUAAAAUACCUGCACUUGUUGAGGAGCACCGAGGCGCCAAAGAACACCUUCGCGCCCGAGAACAAGGACGACAAGUACGUCCUUCUGGACAAGGAGGAGAUAUGGAGCUUGCUGAAGGAGAUAGUGAACGAUCCCAAGAAAUACGAGGGCGUUACUACGUAAUUCUGGAAGCUGGACGUGUCGAAGUGUUGUGAUUAAUGUUACGGAACCCCCCGAUCGUUGCCCGAAUUGUACAUAGAACUCCCCGAUCAUAUUGGCUAAUCGCAUGUCAGACGAAUGGAAUGAAUGUCGAGUGAAUCCGAGAGAAGAAGCUGUCAAUUCAAUGUAGAAGUCUCCAACUUCCGAGCUCGUCGAGGAAGUGUGGAUUUCUGUAAUUUAGCUAUUGUUACUCUUGUCGGGUGUAUUGGAGGUUCGAGCGGAAGAACGAACCUCGCAGUAUCACCUGCGUUUCCCUUUUGGUAACAUGGAGAGUAUCCGGUUACUUCAUCCGCCCAAUACUUUGUAAGUUCGAUGUUUUUCGUCCCGUUCCGUGUACAUAAGAAGAUAGAAUGGUGACUCGAUGUUCUACCCCCAGGAAGCAGCAAAUUUCUAUGAAUUACUCACAGCAGAUACCCCUCAUCAUAACUUUUUAUGGAUCCAGAAAGAAUCCUUGUGGAAAUCCAUUUAGAAUACAUAUACUUACUCUUUAGGUCAGUUUCCAACUUUGAUGCACAUCAAAAUGAAUUCAAGGAGGCCAAUAACAGAUCCAUGGGGUACCUCUCUACUACUCAGCCAUGCGUUAUAUAUAAGACCCUAAAGAAUUCGUUUUAGAUAUCAGAAGAAGCAACUAAGAGUCGAAGAAAAUCGCUGUGCUUCUCUAGAAGUUAAAGUAUCGUGCGCCAAGUAAAAAUUGGAGUGUUGAGGUACCCCUUCAGCAAUUUUAGAAGCAUUAACUCAUAAAAAAAGGAUAUUAUUUGAUUAUAUUGGGCCAGAAAUAGUUUUCUGGGAAUUGGCUUUCAACAAAUCCACCACCAAAUUCUCUCAACAGAUCUGAAGCAAAUGGCUCUCAUUUGGACUAAUAGUCAAGAAAUGGUUCUGCUUCUCUAGAUUUCGAAGUAUCGAGCGCUCAAACAGGGGUACUUCAUCAGCAAUGUGACCAAAAAAGUUUCAGAAAAACCCAUCAAACUUUUCCAAAUCAAUCUGUAGCCAUAAUUAUGAAUUGCACUGGGCCAAAAAUAGAUCCCUGG